UGUGUGUGUGUGAGUGGGUGGGUGGGGGUCACAGGCCUUUUGUUGAGCAGCACUGAAUCGCCAGGCAAAGGCAAAUGUUCUCUCUUUUCAGGGCUUCGGUGCAUGUAGCACUCUGCUAACCCUUUUCUUAUUUUCACAGAGGCCUUGUUUGUUCACUUAGUCCGGAAGAGGAAGGCCCUGGAGGUGUUUGGGUGUGUGCAUGUGUGAAUGUUGGUGGGAUGAAACCAGAUAUCUAUAUGCCACAGUAAAGAAACUGCUCAACCCAUGGCCGACCGAUAGGACCCCAUGCAAGUUUCUUUUAAAAAAAGUGUAAAAGCUGAUUUUGAAUUUCUGCAUGAAUAACAGGUUGUGUUAAGAGCAGUCUUGGUAUUGGGAAAUUGCUUUGUUGGCUUGUCAACCCUCUCUGUUAAUACUCUGGAUGAAGGAAUAGUGUGGAUUUAAAGUGUGGUGAGAUCAUAUUUUAAUGUCCAUUCCAAUUUAGAUUGUCGAUUCAGACGCACUAAACCAGCAGUGUCAAAUUCAUUCCUGUCGUAGUUCGGGUUUCCUGCAGAGGGCCAGUAUGACUGAAGUUCACAGUGUGACUUCAAAUAAAUAUAUGGUUGUCCCAGAUUACGUACACACAACAAAUCUAUGAAUUACUAUUUUUGAAGUCAGAGACCAGGAAACUGUUCUCAUGCUACAUUUAUUUUAAAAGAGGGAUUGGAAACAAAUAAAUGCUUGCAAUAUCCCAACGUUUUCAAAACUGAAGACAGUUGGCACCUUUGCAAGAAACAUCAAGUUGAUGCACAUGAUUUGCUUUGGCGGGCCACGUGGAAUGAUGUGGCGGGCUGGAUCUGGCUCCUGCGCCUUGAGUUUGACACCUGUGCAGGAAACCAAUGAGUUGAUUAACUUCAUGUGGGAACAGAUACUGCUGGAUGGACAAGGAAACAAAACAAAACAAAAAAAAUCCUUCCUUUCAGAUAGAAGAAGUGUGCUUGAUAGUUGGUUUGUGACCCGUAAAUUCAUCAUGUUCACUAGUUCCACUGAACAUAUUAUUGGUCAAGAGAGUGGCCUGCUAGCUGAUUACUAUCUGAUCAUAUCCAUGUUGCAAAGCCUUCUCUCAUUCUGUCAAAGGAGAAGGUGCAAACGGUGUAGCAUUUACUAGUGUCCUUUCCAUCUCAAGAGUUAAAAAAAAAAGGAAUCUGGAAAUGGAAAGUCAGCCUUUGAAUGUGCUGCAUGUUAAAUGUGGCCUGUGUGUGUCUUCCAUUGAAAAUGUUUGUAGAUAAAUUGGGACAGAAAUCUACACUCCUCGCUGUUUGUUGCAUAAAAUUGGGGACCAAUGAUUGGUCCUUCAAGGACUUGUAAUGUUAAAUGGACUAUUUUUUACCCAGCUCGCAAGUAAAGAAUUUUACUGUCAACCAAACAAUGUUAAAUCAGCUUGAAUGCUGUGAACUGUAAUGUCCUAUGAAAGACAGACACAGGGCAAUGCCAUGCCCAAGCCAUGUUCAUCUUUCUGAAUGUGGACUAGUUCUUAGCAGACAGGAAUGUUGCAAUGGCGACUGUUGCCAUUCUCUUUCCACACAAAGAACAAAUUGCACCUGAUUUGUUACCAAUGACUGGCAAAGGUUUUACCGUCGGCAAUAUCUCAGAGAUGCUGACAUUUAACGAAUGUAUACCAGUGGAAACCUGCUGAGUCCCUGUUGACAGAUCCUCUGGGAGCCUGGUGCCCUCGUCUGGCUGAGGAAGAGAUAAAGACAGAGCCGGAUGUGGUAGAAGGGAUGGAUGCAUCUGCACGGUCCAAAGCCCCCGAUCCACCGGGGUCGGCAGAACGCUCCUUGGCACCACAAAAGAGGAGGGUGUCCAGUCCCACCCACUCGUCCAAUGGGCACUCUCCAUCUGACACCUCCUCCAGUCCACUCAAGAAAAAGAAGAAGCCUGGGGCCAUGACCUCAAGCAAAGACCAGUCAGAGCUAAGACAUGGUCCCUUUUACUAUAUGAAGCAGCCAGCACUCACCACAGACCCUGUUGAUGUUGUACCGCAGGACGGCAGGAAUGACUUCUACUGCUGGCUGUGCCACCGCGAGGGCCAGGUGCUCUGCUGUGAGCUCUGCCCCAGGGUGUACCACGCCAAGUGCCUCAAACUACCAGCUGAGCCUGAGGGCGACUGGUUCUGUCCCGAGUGUGAGAAGAUAACAGUUGCUGAAUGCAUUGAAACACAGAGCAAAGCAAUGACUAUGUUGAAUAUCGACCAACUCUCUUACUUACUCAAAUUUGCACUCCAAAAGAUUAAGCAGCCUGGGACAGAGCCCUUCCAGAAACCCGUGUCCUUGGAACAGCAUCCUGACUAUGCUGAGUACAUUUUUCACCCCAUGGACUUGUCUACUUUAGAGAAGAAUAUCAAGAAGAAAAUGUAUGGCUGCACUGAAGCCUUUCUGGCUGAUAUGAAGUGGAUCUUACACAACUGCAUCAUUUAUAAUGGAGGAAAUCACAAAUUAACAGCAACUGCAAAAGUUAUUGUCAAGAUAUGUGAGCACGAAAUGAAUGAGAUUGAAGUAUGCCCUGAGUGCUACUUGUCUUCGUGCCAAAAAAGGGACAACUGGUUCUGUGAGCCAUGUAGUCAGCCUCAUACACUGGUCUGGGCCAAGCUCAAAGGAUUUCCCUUCUGGCCAGCAAAAGCUCUUCGUGAAAAAGACGGGCAGGUAGAUGCACGGUUCUUUGGACAGCAUGACAGAGCUUGGGUCCCCAUCAAUAACUGCUACCUCAUGUCCAAAGAAAUCCCUUUCUCUGUCAAGAAGACAAAGAGCAUUUUCAACAGUGCCAUGCAAGAAAUGGAAGUUUAUGUAGAAAACAUUCGUAAGAAAUUUGGAGUUUUUAACUAUGCGCCAUUUCGAACCCCUUACACGCCCAACAACCAGCUUCAAAUGUUGCUGGAUCCUUCCAACCCUAGUGCUGGUACAGUAAAAACAGAGAAACUGGAUAAACUGCGCUUUAAUUUUGAUUUAACUGCAUCUCCAAAGAUGGUUCUUAGUAAGAGUUCCACACCCAGUGGUCUGAAUCGGAGAGUCUCCAUGACGGACAUGCCUCGGUCCCCGAUGAGUACAAACUCUUCAGUUCACACGGGCUCCGACGGAGAGCAGGAGAUGGAAAAGGCUGGUAGAAAUUCUGCCUUUCACUACAGCACUGGAGAGGAAUCCAUGGACUGCACAGCAUCUCCUCUCUCAGGAAAGGUUGGUCCAGCAGGCAGCUUGACGGGCAGUCCCAAGCCACUCAACCCGAGCUUGGUGUCCAAGCAAGAGAGGCCCGCAUCCACGGGUGGCAUCCUCAAUCUCAACCUCGAUCGAGUGAAAGCUGAGAUGGAUCUGAGAGAGUUGAGCGAGAGUGUGCAGCAGCAGCAGCAACAGCAACAAUCGGGGUCAGCUACCCUCCCCACGCCAAAGAGACCCAUCAGGAGUCUCGACAAGACUAUUGAAAGCUGCAAGGCUCAGCUUGGGAUAGAUGAAAUUUCUGAAGACGUAUAUAAAGGUGUGGAUCAUAGUGACACAGAAGACUCUGAUAAAUCGGACUCUAGUGAUAGCGAAUAUGCCAGUGACGAGGAACACAAGCCAAAGAGCUCUGGACAUGAUGAAAAGGUCAGAGUGGAUCGAAAGCGGCCCAGAGCAAAUGCAGAAGCAGAGAAUAAGGAUUCUAUUGAAGGGAUAGUGGAAAAAUCCACCCCUGCAACCCAGAUCAAAGAGAAGCAGAGUAGCAAUGCCCAAGAAGAGGCCGUUCAAGAAAAGCCCAGAAUGACCCAGUCUCAAUCCCUCACUGACAAGCCAAAGACCUCAGAGGAGGGGAGAACAUCUCAUGCAGCAUCAGCAGCAGAGCAAGACUCUGAUUCUGAAAGAGAGCUGGUGAUUGACCUCGGAGAUGAACACGGAGCCCGUGACUCUAAGAGGUCAAGAAAAGACACGAGUUCCAAAACCUCCAAAGAGACCAAUGUUGCCAAAUUGGAGGGUAAAGUAACCAAUUCCACUACAGCUGUUGCGCCAGCCGCUUCCACCUUGAAAAAUGCCUUGCAGCCUUCUACAACUGCACCCAACCCCGUUCCCACUGCCGCAUCUAGUCAGCCUGGUGCUGCCUCAACUCCCAGCAGCACUUCAAGCACACCCUCCACGUCUGUUGCAUCAACCACGCCAGCAGUGAAGAAACAACGCCCCCUGCUGCCCAAAGAAACAGUGCAGGCUGUGCAGCGAGCAGUUGUUUGGAACCCCACCAAAUUGCAGACGUCCUCUCAGAAGGCUCACGUGCAGAAGCAGCAACAGGCGGAGCAGUCAACGGCACAGUCACAAGGGCAGGUGCAGACACAAAGUCAGUCUCAGCAGAAUUCUUCAAGUACCCGCUACCAGACCAGACAAGCAGCCAAAGUUCAAUUGAAAGACUCUCCUCAGGGUGCUUCAGCAUCAAGUAGCUCAUCCUCCUACUUGUCAGGAGACUUGCCAAUCCCGACUGCUUCUGCAGAUGCAGCUGCAGAUAUAGCCAGAUACACAAACAAAAUUAUGGACUCAAUCAAAGGAACAAUGACUGAAAUCUACAAUGACCUUUCGAAAAGCACUUCAGGAAAUACAAUCGCAGAGAUUCGACGGCUGAGGAUAGAGAUUGAGAAACUUCAGUGGUUGCAUCAACAAGAGUUGUCCGAGAUGAAGCACAAUCUGGAAUUGACGAUGGCAGAGAUGAGGCAGAGUCUGGAGCAGGAGAGAGAGAGGUUGGUAGCGGAGGUGAAAAAGCAGAUGGAAUUGGAAAAGCAGCAGGCUGUGGAUGAGACAAAAAAAAAACAGUGGUGCGCCAACUGCAGGAAGGAAGCCAUCUUCUACUGUUGUUGGAACACCAGUUACUGCGAUUACCCCUGCCAGCAAGCCCACUGGCCGGAACACAUGAAGUCUUGCACGCAGUCAGCUUCAGCUUCGCAACAAGAACCAGAGGUUGAGCCCAACCCGGACACUUUGAGCAAAUCGACAGGCAAUUCCCCAGUCACACAAACUCUGAAUGCCCCAGCAGGAGCGGCCGUACCCUCCUCCUCAUCAACCAUAUCCGACAAAAGCAGCUCUCCCACAUAUAUCGACAAGAGCAAGGACAGUGUUGGGCUUACUGUGACAUAACUGUUACUCCACAUCGUGGCAUGUAUUCCAAGGCUGCUGUGGACCUUGAUGUGUCACAUUUGGAGCUUUAGUGCCUGCUCAGUGACCCUUCACUUUCGGUUUCCAUUCCCAAAUGCAUGGCGAACAUUUUUGUUAAUUUCGAUGUUCUUUCGGCUUCAUCUUGUGAACGUAUUUGUUAAUAACAAAUCAAAUGUGAUUCUCUGUUUUCAUACUGUUGUUUUGUUAUCACUAUGUUGCCACUUAAUUUUUCGUCUGAACAAGAUUGUAACUAACUGCAGUAUCUUUGUUACACUAAAAAGGUUCAUUGCUGCUCACAAAUGCUUAAAGGCUGUAUUUUUUUUUUUUAAUCACCACACCAUGUGAGAUGUUGAAACAGCCUUGAAUAACUGAUUCUCAAUUAUCUUGGUGGCAUCAGAAGUUUUCUGAGUUUUGCAUCAUUGCAUUUACGUUUCAUGUCGGUGGUUAUGUUUUUCAUCCCACAUUGUAUAGGUCUAAGAAAAAAAAACUGUGUGAUUUAUGAAAAAGAUUUAAAACAUUGUAAGUGUAAAAAGUUUUUGUAAGAAGAUACAUGAACAAUAUUUAUUAUGUUUUAUAGUAUGUUUUGAUGCAAUCACAUUUUUAUGUGUCUAAAAUUUAUUUGACCGAAAAUUACUCAUGAAUGUCAGUACUGGGUGAAGUCUGUUAAACUGUUUUUCCAAAGUUAAAGUAAAUUCCGGUCAGACUGUUUGAAAUUGUGUAUACUUGAAUCAUUUUGGCUGGUUAUGAUUACAUGAGCAUGUCUAAUUUGAGUUGGUGUCUCGUUAUUGUUUACAUAUUGUAAAUACAGUAAGAUGAGUCGUGAAGAAAAUAAACAUGUUCUCGAUA